GCUAUAAGUCCAACAUGAUGGAAGAGGUGGAGACGAGACUUGAGUUGAGACGCUUUUUCAUUUUUGCCUUUAGGUUUUUUUAAAUACCAUUUCGAAAGGGACCGUCAGCUUCACCACUCUCGUCCCUUAAUGCAUACUACCCAUUCCAUUCCAUAACCGUCUCAACCUUCCUUCCCGCUCGGGUAUAAACCCAAACACUUGGUCUGCGAACUUCUCUCAUUUCCCCCAAAACCAAAUGAAAUACGUGCUCAUCAGCGGGGGAGUCGUCAGUGGCCUUGGCAAAGGCGUCACCGCCAGCAGCAUCGGCGUCGUUCUCAAGGCCUGUGGCCUUCGUGUCACUUCCAUCAAAAUCGAUCCAUACUUGAACAUCGACGCUGGCACCAUGUCUCCCUUCGAGCACGGGGAGGUUUUUGUUCUCGACGACGGCGGAGAGGUUGAUUUGGAUUUGGGAAAUUACGAGCGCUUCCUCGAUGUUACGCUUACCAAGGAUAAUAACAUCACCACUGGAAAAAUAUACCAGUCUGUUCUUGAGAAGGAGCGUAAAGGAGAUUAUCUUGGGAAAACUGUUCAGGUGGUUCCGCACAUCACUGAUGCUAUCAAAGAUUGGAUUGAGUCCGUUGCCGUGAUUCCCGUGGACGGAAAAGAGGGCCCUGCGGAUGUUUGUGUGAUUGAGUUGGGAGGCACUGUUGGUGAUAUUGAAUCUAUGCCAUUUAUUGAGGCUCUACGGCAAUUGUCCUUUCAAGUAGGGCCUGAUAACUUCUGUCUCAUCCAUGUUAGCCUGAUACCAGUGUUGGGUGUCGUGGGAGAGCAAAAAACAAAGCCUACACAACAUAGCGUCAGGGAACUGCGAGCAUUGGGAUUGACACCUCAUCUUUUAACAAGUCGCUCUGCUGAGCCUCUUCUAGAAAGUACCAAAGAAAAACUCUCAAAAUUUUGCCAUGUUCCCAUUGAGAAUAUUCUGAACAUCCAUGAUGUACCAAACAUUUGGCAUAUUCCCCUGUUAUUGAGAAACCAAAAUGCUCAUCAUUCAAUUCUGCAGCAGCUUAACUUACUCAACCAAGCUACACCUCCUGAUUUGCAGCAGUGGACAGAGAUGGCCGAGACCUUUGACAGUCUUACUGAAUCUGUUAGGAUUGCAAUGGUCGGAAAGUAUGUUGGUCUAACAGAUUCAUAUUUAUCGGUUGUAAAGGCCCUUCUGCAUGCUUGUGUUGCACGCUCUUUUAAGCCAUCAAUUGACUGGAUUGCAGCGUCUGACCUAGAAGACGAGAGUGCAAAAUCAACACCAGAAGCACAUGCUGCAGCCUGGGCGACUUUGAAGAGCGCAGAUUGUGUCUUGGUUCCUGGGGGAUUUGGAGAUCGUGGUGUGAGAGGUAUGAUGCUUGCUGCCAAAUAUGCUAGAGAGAACAAUGUUCCUUACCUGGGGAUUUGCCUGGGAAUGCAAAUUUCUGUAAUUGAGUUUGCUAGAUCAGUUUUGUGUUGGGAAAAAGCAAACAGUGUAGAGUUUGAUGCCCAAACACCAAAUCCUGUUGUGAUUUUCAUGCCAGAGGGUUCACGAACGCAUAUGGGAAGUACCAUGAGACUUGGAUCUCGGAGAACACUCUUACAGACAUCUGAUUGUAUCACUUCCAAGCUGUACGGUAGUUCAGAGUAUGUGGAUGAACGACAUCGGCACAGAUAUGAGGUAAAUCCAGAUGUGAUUGGAACUUUGGAAGAAGCUGGACUUCAAUUUGUCGGGAAGGAUGAAAGUGGAAAACGAAUGGAUAUCUUAGAGCUUCCAAGUCAUCCAUUUUAUGUAGGCGUGCAAUUCCAUCCAGAAUUCAAAUCACGACCAGCUAGGCCAUCUGCUUUGUUUUUAGGUCUCAUAUUGGCCGCAACAGGGAAAUUGGAAGCGUAUAUUAGUAGACAAAAUGGAAGUUGAUCUUUGAUUUUAUUACUAGAAGAACCUCUCCUAGAAUAUUUUAAUCUUCCCAUUGUAAACUGAUUCUCCAGAGGGAAAAAAGUUGGGGAGAGGGAAGGGAGUAAUAUUGUACAUUUGCAGCUGCCUACGCUUACACUAUAGCUUAGUCGCCGAGUAAUAUUAUUCACACCUCCACAUCCAUUGUUUUAUUAUCAUCAGAAAACCUCACAUUAAUUUUUUUAUAUCAACUUUAUGGCAAGAUGCUUAAAGGAGGUUGCAAAUACUAGUGUAUCUUCGGUUGUGAACGAUAGUGCAAUCAAGGAUGGCAGCUAGAAUAGUAUUUUUGUAGGGCUCAUAGGGUCUUUUGCUUAUAUCGGCAAGUCUUGGCCACGCUCUAAAUAUAUCUGGGCAGUGGCCAAACACUUUCCGGUGGGUGUAGUUUGCCGUUGAUGUAAUACCAUGUCCUUUAAUGUAAUAUUUCAUUUUCGAUA